AUGGCUUCCAGGAACGUCUUAUCUAGCGCUGACUCUGCUUCACCCCCUUUUCAAUACGUACCGGUCGGGGAAGUCGAGAGACUCCAAAGGUACCAGUCUGGUGUGGUUAUCACCUCCCGAUAUCAAGUAGUCCACAAGUUAGGUUACGGGACAUAUUCAACUACCUGGCUCUGCCAAGAUCAUCGAUCUGCUAAAUAUGUGGCAAUCAAGGUUGGAACUGCCGAGUCAAGCUCGAGAGAGGUGGAUGUCCUCGAUUAUCUUAGCAACCAUUCCCCACUCAACCAUCCGGGCAGGGCAAUGAUACCCUCCGUUCAAGACAGAUUUGUCCUCCACGGCCCCAACGGCAACCAUCCUUGCUAUGUGACAGCCAUAGCAAGGUGCAUUAUCUCUGGUGCAAAGGACGGAUCGUAUCGACGCAUAUUUCAAGCUCAAACAGCUCGCUCACUUAUUGCACAACUGGUACUGGCUAUCGAUUAA